CAAGAUUCAUGUCUAAAAUAAAACCAAUUUACCAAAUGAUUUUCUAGCCGAGUCAAGUUCGGUUUCUUUAACACGUUUUACCGAGCGUUUUAAGUUGACUUAACAUUCUUGAACCUUUUUAAACCAAAAAAAAAUGAUAAUUAUUAGUUGGCUUCUACAUGUGGGAUUCUUCAUAAUACAACCACUUGCUAUGUUUUCAAUAAUUCAUUAAAAGAUCAACAAGUUUCAUGUGCAAAGCUUCAAAUUUUUCUUGUUUCUUUCCAGUUUCCUCUGUAAUUCAUUGUUUUUAGAAUGUCUGUUGUUUCAUAUAAUAAAAUUCUUUGGUGGUUUCUUCUCUGAGCUCUUUGAAUUGUUCUUUGGAUCCAUCAACAAGAAUGUUUUUGAUUUUGGUUUCUUGAAUCAUAAAUGAACAUGCACUCUAAUUUUAAGCAUCCAAUCUGUGGCAGAAAUUUGGAUUCGGUAACAUGCACAUGUCUUGCUUUGUUGGUUGUUACAAUGUUGGUUCUUAGUUAUUGUAGGAUCAAUCAGGAGAAUCUCGAUUUGAUUCCUAAUCGCUUUCUAUCAGAUUGCGGAAUUCGUAAGGAUAAGUUUUUAGAGGUUCCUCAGAUUGUUUGGGGAUUGAAUAAUCAAAAGAUAGCAUUUGCUAGAUCAUGUCUUACUGCUAGAAUGUUGAAUCGAACUCUUUUAAUGCCUAGCUUGAGUGCUUCGUUGUUCUAUAAGGAAAUAGAUAAGUUGCAGCCUAUUUCGUUUGAUAAGGUUUUUCAGUUUCAGAGGUUCAAUUCGCUCUGUAAAGGGUUCGUACAGUUAGGCGAGUAUUCGGAUAUUAGAAAUCAAACCGGAGUAUACGAGAUUCAGAAAGGAAGUGGAAGGAAGUGGACAGUGGAAAGGGAUAUGGAUCAGUUAACACAGUUUAGUCAGGAGCCAUAUGAUGCCUACGAGGUGAUUCGGAUAGUCGGGAAAAACCCGUUUUUAUGGCAUGAUCAUUGGCCAGUUAAGGACUAUGCUAGGAUCUUUGAAUGUUUAGUUUUGGUUGAAGAAAUAGAAAUGGAAGCAUCUAGAGUGGUAUCAAAGAUUAGAGAUAUAGGGAACGGAUUGAUCGACUCAGCUAAAAACAGUUUGGAUUCGGAUGGUUUAGUGCAGCCAGCGCCUUACGUAGCAGUUCAUAUGAGGAUCGAAAUAGAUUGGAUGAUCCACUGUAAAAAUUUGGAGCGAAGAUCAAACAUGAGUCAAAUAUGUAGUAGCAAGGAGGAGAUAAUCGAGCGUGUAGGUAACAUUGCAGGAAUCAAACCUCCUACCGUUGUUUAUCUAGCGGUGGCCGAUAGUCUUCUUGAAGAUCCUUCUAUACUCGCGGGUUGGAACGACGGUUUAAUUCCUUACGAGAAGAAAAAACUGGGUAUAGAUGGAAUCUACAGCAAGUAUCCGUAUUUGAUUCAAUCAGCAAUAGACUAUGAAGUGUGCUUGAGGGCUGAUGUGUUUGUCGGUAACAGUUUUUCGACAUUUUCGAGUCUGGUAGCUCUUGAAAGGACACAGAAGUUGAUUAGAAUGGGCGUAACGAGUUCAUGUGGCAUGGAUGUUAGAUGGCCUUCUUAUGCUUAUAAUAUAUUAGCGGAAUCAAAUCGCCCUCGAAAAUGGAUGACAAAUAUGUCCGAUUCGAGUCUUAAAGCAAUUAGCUACGGAACUAAUAUCAUCUCUUGUUAAAUUCUUUGGUUGGUUUAGGAUUCAAAGUAUUCUUUUCUUUUUUCAUUUUUGUAAAGAAUGUGAAGAAGCAGGGAACAGAAAUUUAGGCACAGAUUUCAUUUUUGUAGUUAUUGUUUCCAAAUUCUCCUAUUUGGUUUGGUUUGAUUAUGCGGUUAUAAUUGUUGUUUCCAAAUUUCA